AUGUCAAAACAACAAAUAGAGCAACAGAGCUUUACUCCAGAAGAUGAACAAGAAAUUAAUGAUAGGGUUGAGGAAUGGGAAAAAAAAUAUGGCAGUUUAGAUAGAACCACAAGAAUGUUGGAGCAGUUAAGAGAAUCUCAUUCAACAGGUGUCGAUAAUCUAUGUAAAUUAGGUCAACAGGGCGAACAAAUGAAUAGAGUUAAUAAGCUGACAGAAGAACAGGAGACAUAUAUAAAAGGGUUAGGAAAAUAUAAAAAGUUUAAUAAAUAUAUGAAAAGAUUCUCAAAGAAAGAUAAGAAUGAAAAAAAUGAAGGUGAAGACAGGAAGAACCAAGAGCUACACAAUGAAAGACAAAAUGACGAAAAAGAAAAAAGAGAAAGACUGGCACAGGAACAUUUACAAAAACAAAAAGAGGAUCAAGAAUCUGGUAACCCAUUCUCCAACACAACAACCACUAGCACAACAACACCAAAAUCACCAAAAGAACAAUACAUGAACGAAGAAGAAAGAUUUGAAAAGAAAGGUCUAUCAAGAUUAUGGAAAAACGACCCAUUGAAUGAUAAAGAUAAAACACAAAUUAACUAUGCCAUGGAAAAUCAAGCGGUACCUAUACAUCGUUUAAGUGAUGAAGGUGUCAAAGAUAAUGUAUUUGUCCAACGUUCAACAUGGAUAAAAAAACAAGAUGCUCAACUUGACGAAAUGCAAGAUAUCCUUUCAGACCUUAAAAACAUUGGUAUGGCUACUCAAACCGAAUUACAAACUCAAUCUUUAAAAUUGGACGAUAUUGGUCAAUCUAUGGAUAAAGGAUCGGACUUUUCAUUACGUAAAAAAUCAAAAAGAAAAAUUGAAAAGGAACAAAAGAAAAAAGAAAAAGCAGAAAAAGAAAAAACUAAAAAAGAAGAAAAAACCAGACAAGAUAUUGAUAAAAAAAUUAAAGAAGAAAACGGUGUUGGCGUCAGUUCAAAAUAA